UAUCAUAAGCCCUACAUUCGUAGGAUUUACGGCCUUCAUUUUUUGCAUUUUUUUCUCAUCUGGUUACAGGCUUACCAGCCGCUGUUUCAAUGAAGAUCUGUAUUUUUUCGGGCAGGGUCAUUACUUGGGUUUGAUCUCGCGAAACGGCGAAAGAAAUUCAGCAUGUUGGGUUGCAAGAUUCCAUGCAUGCAGCGCUGUGCUCAGUAUGUGCUCUCACUCUAGACGGUCUUUCAUUUAGAUUAUAUUUGAUAGCUACUAGUUUAAUGCUACCUACUUCGUAGAUAUUAGUAUCUUCGCCCUGUAUGCUUGAGUUGCUGAUCUUAGUCUUGCUCUUGACCGUGGUAAUCAUCGCGGUGUGGUGUGGAGGGUAACCAUCGAUUAUAAUGAUAGGAUACCAGUACCUCUAUUUUCAUCAAGAUGGGCUACAUAUGUUUUACAUGGGAACCAAGUCAUAAUGACUGCUAAGCAGAGGUGCUUCCACUCUACUACAUCAAUUCAUUCAUUACCAUAGUAGGUCGUGUGACCCUUGGCUAGGACUCAAAGAAGGAAUAACUCCAACCCCCUAACUCGGUUUGCAGACACACACGAGAAGUGGUCAACUAUCUGCGACGUCGUUUUCCAGGACUCUAGGGUGCAUUUGAUAUUGAAACAAGUCAUGCAAAGCAAUCGGGCCCGGUUGGGUACCUAGAAUGUUAGUAGAAACAAGAAGACGCGUAUGGAAUCUUGGUGUGCGUGUCAGCACAACCGCCACAACAACUCGAGCACAGAACGCCCGGCUUUGUAGAUAGGAAACAUAUAUUCUCACUGGGAUGCAUCCAGGAAAUAAAAGAUUGAAACUAAUAAUAAGGUGCACAACAAGAUUGUGCGAGGACUUUGGGCUGUUGAAGCAGGGGGAGCCUUUCGUGAGUGCUCUUUCCACAUGCCGCUCGUUUGCGCACGGGCUUUGCGCUUUCCGAGCCGCAGCCGCCGCAGCGGUUGCCGUCCUGCUACUAGUCCUACUGACGUCUCGCGCAACCUACACUCGUCAGCUAUUCCCUUCUCCUGUACCCACUGCGUCUGCCUGUCACCAUUGCAGUCGCUGUGCACAACUUGCGUUUUCAGAUCAGGGCCUAUGCUCAUUCACACAGGACCUCAUGUGCUACGCCAUUAGCUGUUAGCCCUGCGCCCUCCCCCCACCGAACUAUAUCAAUACCUAUCCACCUCGUCACGUAUUCAUAUAACCCGACACCACAAGCUUCUUCAUAAUGCCGUCUAUCUUGUCCGACGAGGACAAGCAGAUGGUGAAGCGUACUAUCCCAAAGGCAAACAACAAAAUCCACGCCGUCGGUGUGGCCAAGCUAUAUGUUGCUCAUCCAAAUAAGCAGCGAUGGACCUACACAGGCCUCCAGGGUGCUGCUGUACUGGCCAACGAUCUGGUUGGAAACACCUUCUGGAUAAAGCUGGUAGACAUCUCGCCUACCAGCCGCGGUGUCAUAUGGGAUCAGGAAAUCUACGACACCUUUAGUUAUAACCAAGACCGUGUCUUCUUUCACACAUUCGAACUCGAGGACUGCCUAGCCGCGCUAUCGUUUGCCGACGAGAAGGAAGCAAAGACUUUCAAAAAGAAAAUGGACGACCGUGAGAAGAACGCCCACAAGAACACAAAAAACAAGCCGUUCGGCGCUGCUAUGGGCGGUGAUGGAGGCGCUGCUGCAAAUGGCGGGAAAAGCCAUGGUCUUCUUGGGGGAAUCUUCCACAGACAUGCCACGCCCAGCCAGCCAGCGCAGUCUAUCAUUCCACCUGCCAACGUCACCUCUCCGUCGCAAACCAAUUUUUCGAAAGCACCAAGCUCGUCAAACUCGGGCAUCGACACAUCAGAUCCCUCAUGGAAGCCGUUGUUGAAGGAGCUUCUGGCCAUGGGUAUUACCGAAGACCAGAUAGAAGAGAACGCCGAUUUCAUCAAAUUGUAUAUUGAACAACGGAAAGUUGAGGAAAAGAUACAGGCAGAGAACACGGAGAAGAAGUCUCGAGCUCCACCACCACCGCCUCCGCCUCCUAGCGCCCCUCCCACUGUGAGAACACCCAUCAGUCCUCAGAACACAGGCACUUCGACCUCGAAGAGAGGUCCUCCCCCAGCGCCUCCACCAGCUCGCAGAACGAGAACUGAUGCACCUGGCAUCAAUCGCAACUCUUCGUCAAGUCCUGCACCGCCUUCCCCUCCGCGUACAGCAACGCCUCCGCCUCCACCUGGACCGCCUCAGCCAAAAUUCCGUGCUCCACCUCCGAUCGCCGACGCUGGCAAAUUCGUCAACCAAGCGCCUGAGCCUCCUGCGAGAGCUCGAGCGUCAUCGAACCUCGCAAAUCCUGGGCCCCCUCCACCGCCCCGACCUCCGAAAACACCAGUGGAUGAUACCGAAAAGGCCGCUCCAUCACGCUUCGGUGUGCCACCUCCGUUCACUGGGAACCGUGUCCCCUCCGGUCCACCUCCACCCCCCAGUCGUGGACCCGUUCCUCCUCCGCCACCAGCGCGAGAGACCGCAUCAGCCGCACCACCUCCGCUGCCUCCGAAGAACUCGCCUGCACCUCCGCCAUUGCCGCCUCAGAACAAUGCGCCGCCCGCUCCACCACCACUACCCCCUUCAACAUCGCGACCUGUACCUCCAGCGCCAACGAACUCGGCUCCUCCUCCCCCUCCCUUACCUUCGACAAGCGCUCCACCACCUCCCCCACCACCAUCGUCGAAUGCACCACCUCCACCGCCUCUUCCGCCAACAAACAAUGCUCCCUCUCGUGCUGUGCCACCGCCACCGCCAAUGCCAACCAAUGCUGUUCCGCCCCCUCCGCCUAUGCCGAACAGUGCAGUUCCACCUCCACCGCCGAUGCCGCCCGGUUCUGGGCCGCCACCGCCGCCUCCUAUGCCAGCGGGCUCUGGACCACUCCCACCCCCACCAAUGCCUGCUGGCGCGGGUCUUCCAAAGCCGGCCCCUGGACGAGACGGCCUUUUGGCAGAUAUUCGUGGCGGCGCGAGGUUGAAGAAGGUUUCAGACGCCGAAAAGAGGGACCGCAGUGCUGCAGCUGUUCCCGGCCAAGAGCCAGCAUCAUCUCCGUCUGGCGGUGGUGGUGGUUCAACAGGGGCUGACGGUGGUCUAGCUGCUUCUUUGAAAGAUGUUCUGGCAAAGAGGAACAAGAAAGUUAGCCAUAGUGGUAAGUAUACGUCUGUGAAGACCACUGGGCGAAAUGCUAACGUGUCCCAGAUGACGAAGACGAUGGUAAAGAUGACUGGUAAAGAGGCAUGGUCGGUUAUAGAUAUGAUGAAGCGUGUGUGUACGGACACAUCCCCGAUAGUACUGACACGGGUACAAUGUUUGAUACCCAACUGUAGAAAGCGACAAUUGAAACCGAGCCCCGAAAACCGCGGCAAACAAGACCGUGCACAUCAGAGGACGAAGAGCGUCGCGUCAGGCGGGUAUUGGAGGCACCGAACAGCCAUGGUAAAGUGGAACCGAAGUGUCAAUACCAAUCUAGUAAAUAUUGCUUUAGCCCAUGAAGAAGUGUUUUGUGCGCUCAAUGUGAAUACAUCCAAUGUUAAACCUCGCAGACACAGGAGUAUGGCCACCUUCUGACUACCGCGAUCGCUCGGUCACAUUAGUUCCGCUCAAUUUGAGUUUUGUACCUGCUGAACUAAGAGAUCUUGCAGCACGAGGAGAAGACCAGUUUGGCAAAUGGGGUAUGUCGCAGAUUUUGUAAUGACGUGGAGGAGCCCUUGAAGGGCAAAAGUCCAAUCUCCGAUCUACCUAGCCCAGGCCAUCACUAUCCUACCCUACCUCGCCCCAUUUUAUCCUGAUAAUCGGGUCGGGGUAGUCGUUCGUUCAUCGUUUAAUCUGACAACAAAGAAACCGGUGCGGAAGGGAGGCGUCGUGCAGUCUAAUAGAGCCCCCUCGCCCCGGGUUUGGCAGUGCUUGCGAGAUCUUCAAAACGCUUACGCCGCCGCCCCCUUCCUUCCUCAGCCUUAAGGGCUAUCCGAAAGGCGCAAUAGUUUUGCGAGUAAUGGGGCCGUUUUCUUGCGAAUCUCGAACUAGAGAGAGAGGCUGACGUUACGCGCGUAAGGCUGGGGAACAUGGAAAGGGCGGUCGCUAAAAGGGUGUAGAAUUUGCUUGUUAUCUUCCCAUUUCUUUCCAAUUGUGAGAUAUUGCCUGGAAAGGAACACCCUCCAAAGGACCAAGCCCUGGUGUUUUC